AUGGAGCGAGUAAGGAAAACCUUCUUCAACCCUCUCGCGACCUCGAAGGCCCAGGUUCAAAAGAUCCUGGAAGACCUCCCAGUCGGCUCUGCACACCCUUUCAGCCUGGAGCAAAUCCUUCUUUGUCGGACAGAAAAUGGCAUUGAGGAAAUCGAUAUCUCUUCCUACCCGGAAACCUUUUUUUUUAAUGCCAUGGACUUGGGCGAGAUGGGCGAGAUCCUUUUACGGCGAAUGGCCGGCUUCCAGUCCCAUCUGAAGGUAUUCGAGGACUUCCAGAUUAUGCAAGCACCAGCAUCAACAUUUAAAAUCCCUAUCGUCUCAGAUCAAAUCACGAUUCUAGCAGUUUCUGAACGAACACCCACUUACUACGACUUCUGCUUCGCGGAUGAAUCGUGUAGGGCAUGCUGCUGGCUGGCAAGAAAUACCUUCCCGGGAAUCACCCACAGCGGAGAUAUUCUCAAUGGACAGGAUCUCCUCGAUUAUGUGAAGAUCAACAAGAACUCUCUAACAGAGAAAGAAAUCUGCGUGUUCAUCUCCGGCUACCAGUCUACACUCAUCACAAGGUUUCUGGGAACACACCCUGCUUUGCUAGUCGCUGAUCAUGUGGAUAAGGUUCUUUACAUCAUCCCGGUGCCCUUGGACGCAGCGACCAUCGGGGACGCAACAAUCUGCUGCCCGUUGGUAAUAAAACGCGAUGGAGACUCGUUAAUUUGUUCGAUAUUACCAACCGCAACCACGGACCGGGACAUGAUGUGCAACAGUGACAAGUUGAUCAGCCCUGCCUUCCCAGAAGCGAUAAAACGCGCUGACUUCACUAUGGGUACUCCUGAACUAACUACACGAACCCCGGUGAAUGAUUCAGUCAAAGAGGACACAGCGUCAAAUUCAGAAAACCUGCGUAAGGUCAUCACCAAAGAAAAUGCCAUUUUUACCACCGAUUCAGCUGUUCUUCCUUCGUUCAUUGAUCUGGAGAAAACACAGAUCAUACGGUUCGGCACCGGUCUUGAAUUCAAACUACCAAACGAAGAGGUACCCACGAGGGAGGAGCCCUCCGCUAUUGUUCUGCCAUGCAUCUUUGGUACCGAGCUCCAAGGCCCAGUUCUACUUGCAACCGGAACAKUCCCUUCGAAUGUCCCAUUUCCCAAUGAAGAUGCACUCCGGGACUACUAUAAGCAACUCAAGAAUGCCGUGGUGAUCGUCGACGAACGAAUGACAGAUAAUGCCCGGAAUCUCGCAUCUGCCUACCGAAUCAAUGCACUCUUCAUCGUUCAACUCACUCCAGAAACCGAGCCCAAGGAUACCAAUAGUAUCCUUUCGCUGAUGGAUUCGGCGAAUAUCAAUGCAGUGACGGCACUUGCAGGACCACAGUCCUUGAUUCUGGUUCAGAUCUCCGACAAGUAUUACUUCUACAGAGGCAUUGCCAACCGGGCACACCUCAAUACGUCGGGACUAGCAUUUGGCUCAGAUGUAACAAGUGUACUCGAGUCUGUAGGCAUCGGCUCCAUCCUAGAUCCGAGGAUAGAGCGAGUCAUUAACCUCGGCGACGCAAAUUCGAUCAUCCUCCCCACUACCGGCCAGUUAGUCCAACCCCAAGAUCUACAGAAGUUGUUUGAAGAAAUUUCAGUCGACCAGAUCCAAAACCUGGAAGACGACAUAUCUGCAGUAGUUUCACAGCUCCAGGUGCUUCUGAACCAGAAAGACCUACAAGAACUCUCCAGAGCCCUGGUGACUGCGCUCUCCGCCAAGAUCAACAAGGUUGCAGCCCCAUUAAGAGACAGCUACACCGAAUUCCUAACACAGGAAUACCGUAGGGAAGAUCCCAAAUCCGUGCAGAAGAAGAAUAACAUGCUUGGCAAAUUGAGAAAGAUCACAAAGGACAUGCAAAAGGCCCUUGAGCCGGUGAUCUCAUGCCUGGCGAACAUGAUAUCGUCUCAAACGACUUCCAAGCGAACGCACGAUCUGAAGCGCCUUGUUCGCCAAACCACCAUUCAAAAUAACGUCGAGGCAGCGAAGUCCAUGACGUUUGAGACUCUCUCGGGAUACCUUGAGGAAUACGCGGGAGAUAUGGGUGUUAUGCUUUUGAAUAUUGAGACGACGCCUUAUCGUGAGCUUUUGGGUAACUUGAAAAACAGCGCCAUUGAUGCCAGCCAAUGUUGCGCCCUCGACUCGAGAAUCCUGCACCUGGAAGGAUUCGACGCAGGCAUCAUCAUGGAGCAGUCGCAAACCACGCACGACGGCCCACUCAAAAGCACCAUAGGACCCUCCCAGCCCAUUCUGGCGUUACCCUACCUAAGCCAGUCAUCAGGAACCGGAUCAAUGCUAGCCUGGGUCUGUUGGGCUGAGUUCGUCAACCUGAAAAGCCCCUACACAGUGCGAUGGAUGGAGAAAUGCAAUGAACCGCACAUCGCCGCGCUCCGAAUUAUCAUGAGAAGCACGCUUGGCCAAGCAGUCGCGUCCAGAGAACAUGAUAUUCAACCCAGCAGCCCAGAGACUGGCCAUUUAAUGAGCGCACUGUUAAUGGCCGCCAUGUCGAAACUCGCGGCGAUGAGAACAUCUAAGCCCGUGGAACUAGACAAAGCCGAGGAUACCGUCACAAGGUUAAUGCGCGGACUCUUCGGUAAUCUCUUGACAAUCGCCGGCUCAGGAAUCCGUCCCCUCAGCAUGGUCUGGCAACUCUUCGGUCUGAAUCCCCAAUACGACCUCCCCACGAGCUCCGCUGAGUGGAUCUGGUAUGAAAACGUGGUCGCACUAUACCCGUAUACAGGCUGGCCACUCCGACAAUUCCACGGAAAUCUAGAAAAACUCCUCGACAAAGCCGUCCUCCGGGUGGUGACUAAGAACGAAAAUCUAGCCACGAUCAAAGCAAGCCGCACGGCUGAGAUGGAGAAGUUCUGCAAGCUGAGGAAUAUCCAGCUCGAGCAUUCGCGCACUAUCAUUACCAUCUUCAUGCGCAUGCUUACAGCGGAGGAUAUUGAUCUCCAGCCCGUCGCGGCUCGGCUGCUCGCGCAGCUGCCGCAUAAACUGGAGAGACAGUCGCAGAGCUACACGAAGAUGAUCACAUACUUGAACCAUCUCGCAGAGGGAGGCGAACGGUGCGUCAACGACGACCUCACCGCCGCGAGCGUCUACACCUCGCGCUCCGCAGCCUUCGCGGAACUAAAGAAGCAAGUCUGCGAAGCAUGCAAGAGGAAGGAUUGGGCACGGAUGAAAGAAGCCUGCCAGGGGAUAAUGACCAAACAUGUCGAAAUCGCGGCGCUGUGGCGCGUCAAGCCCGAAUCGCUGAAAAUCCAAAACAUGAAGCUGUACAAAGCGCUGUUAGCCGCGGACUUUGACGAUAUUGACCAUAACACUCAGACUAAGAACCUCGAACUUACGAGACAGGUUCUCGGCGAUGCGGAGAAUAAGCGUGUUCCGUGGCAGGUUGGCAAGCAGGGUCAAUUCGGAGGUAGCAUCGAGCCUCUCGAUGAGGACUUUCUUCAUGAGAUUAUGACGGGGGAGAAGAAGCUAGAGCCAGCAGCCCCUCCAGGAGAAGAGGAAAGGGCCAUGAUUAAAACAGAAGAUGAAUUCGCGGAAUUCAAGGCGUCGUUGCGGGCGGAAUUCAUCAACACCAUGCAGAAGAACCUCUCCGCCGAAGAAGUCUGCGACAUUAUCAAUGUUCCUGUCUCCGCGAUGCGUGUUUUCGUCAAGGCAUUGAAUCCGGCGUUUGUUUGGGAAGAUUUGGCGGUGAAUUUCAAGGGCGUUAUUCUGGAGUUGGUGAAAGAUCGAUCAAAACGGGAGGAGAGUCGGCCUGUCAGGAGGUUGUUGCAGAUUGAGGUUGGGAAGAACUUGCAGAUCGAGGGGUGA